AUGCUGCAUGGAACGCCGGGCCGGAAGCGGCCCAAGGACAGCAAGUACGGGCUCUCGUGGUACAAAAACACGUUUGAGACCGAGGGUCUCUCCAUCAACGAGAAGGGCGAGAUCACAGCAUCGCCGCCGACGCCCGACGUGGCCGAUGCGACCGACGCGAGCGCCACCGUCCUCGCGCGCCACCCGCUGGUGUCGACACCGCCGCGCACGCGCCAGCAUGCAGCCGCCUGGACGCGUCGCCAGGAGAAGAAGCUCGAGCCUCUGGGCGUGCGCCCGUCGCCAAAGAAUAGCGCGCCUACCAAGCUCCUGGGACGCAUGAGCUGGGACCCGGACGUGCUCGAGAUCCGCGAGACGAGCCGGCGUGGCCACGAGCCCUUGCCGCCCGAGAUUGCCAAGCUGCAAGCGGGCAGCGUCGAGAGUCGACCGACGUCCCAGCCCGUGCGCGAGAUCCUCAAGCAGUCUGCUCUGCCGUACCAGCCGCGCGCCGGGUCGACGGCCACGUUUACCAACUUGCCGCGCCAGAGCUCGUUCUUCGACCGGUCCGUGGAUCGACUCGUUGCGUCGCCGCGCGUCAUGCGGAUGGACGACCACGACGCCGAGGACCUCCUCGAGGCGCUCGAGUCGCCGGUCCGUCCGCCGCUCAAGUCGUCCCCGUCCUUUGGCCUCACGCGCGUCAACCAGAAAAAGUACUUUGGCGCACCGGCGCGCCAGACCUUUUACGCCGACUACCGCGAGCUCGCCGCCAAGCAGCAGCUCUACGCGAUCCCGAUGGGGACGGGCAUCGAUGCCUCGAGUCGAGGCGAGACCAAGGCCGACGCCAAGGAUGUCGCGUCGCCGAGAACGCACUGCUUGACGAAAAGCAUCAUGGCCGGGCGCCCCGCAAUUCCGCUCGUGAUUCGCAAGAACACCACCAACGUAUUCGACUUUUCGUACCAGUCGCUCGGCGAUGCGUACAUGGAGCAGUUUGCCGAGUGCGUUGGAAGUCUUCCGUUCCUUGAAGAGAUCAACGUCCGCGACAAUCGACUGAGUGACAUGGGCCUCCACCGCCUCUUGACGGCCGUCCACGAACACCUCCGACUGCGCAAGCUCGACAUUUCCGAAAACACCAUCGGGUCGAAUGCCGCCAAGAUCUUGCGCACCAUGAUUGCAUCGCCGAGUUGCACGCUCCAGCACCUGGUCAUGGCCAAAGCCGACAUUGACGACUUUGAGUGCGCCGCCUUUAUGAGCGCAUUCGAGAAGAACGCGAGUGUCGAAGAGCUCGUGAUGCCGCGGAAUCGCAUUGGCGAAGCCGAGCAGCUCAACGUCGUCAAGCCUGAGAUCACGACCGGUGGUGAAGCCAUUGCCUCGAUGCUAUACGUCAACGAGAAGCUCGCCAAACUCGACUUGAGCUGGAAUCUCUUGCGGCUCGAGUCGGGCGUGACGCUGGCCCACUCGCUCGAGUACAACCGCAAGCUGCUCGAGCUCCAUAUCGCCUACAAUGCGUGCGGCGAUGCUGGCGCCAUGAUGUUUGGCCGCGUCCUCUCGCUCAAUUCGACGCUGCGGGUGCUGGACUUGAGCUACAACAACGUGGGCUGUCGCGGCGCGCUCGUGCUGGCGAGUGCGGCGAGCAAAACCAAGUCGCUUCGACUGCUGCUGCUCAACGGCAACAACAUUGGCAAGGAAGGCGGUCGCGCCAUUAUGUUUGCCAUGUGCAACAACAAGAGCGACCACGGCAUUGACAUUGAGAUUGCCGGCUGCAACCUCGCGUCGACGGGCAAAUCGGAAAAAGCCAUGUUCGACCCGACGAAUCCCGCCGGCGAAUACAACCUCGACCUCUCGGAGCCGUUUGACCAAAUGAUUGCGACCGAGCUCCUUCGCCUCGCGACGUAUAAGAAAGGCUGCCGCUUUGAGAAGCUCAAGCACCACUCGCGCGUCGAGCGUGUGAAAAACAAGCAGCAAAAGAAGACCAAGGAGCUGCGCAUCGACUCGGCGGCGCUCCAAGCCGUGUUUCUGGGGCUCAAUAUGCGCCCGACGCUACCCACGUUGGACGCGAUUCUGGCGGCAAUGAAGCAGCUCCAGCCACCGACGUCAGCGGCACCUUCGGACGAAUUCGACUUUAGCAAUAUGUUCUUUUUGGCGCUGUUUUGCGUCAUUGAUGCGGACCUGUCGGGCGGCAUUGACGCCCGCGAACUCCAGACGGCGCUGCAGAUGCUCGACAUUCACAUGACGGACCAUGACGUCAUCAACGUCAUUGCGCAGUACGACCUUGACAGCAGCGGCACGAUUGAAGGCCCUGAGUUUGUUGAAUUCAUCAAGUCGUACGUUCGGCGGCAGUCGACCAUGUCGGCCAAGGACCAGGCGUUCGCCUUGCGAGACGUCGCAACCAACCAAGUGUGGCACGUGCCGCAAGAAGGCCGGCUCGAGGUGGUCUUUGUGUACGAACGGGAAGCGACGUUCGACUCGGACGACGCCCGGCACCGUCUCUCGGACGGCGGCGUGGCCCAGCUCAUCAAGAACAUUCAGAGCCAAGCGAAAAGUUCCGCCGAGAAGCUUGAUCUCCUCAACAUGGCCGUGCACGACUCGGAGAUUCUGUUUACGGCGCCGCAAGCGUACGAGCUCCUCGAUCAGUGCGGCGGCCUCGCCAAAGACGUGCGCGUCAAGGAGAUUGCCAACCUCGUGCUGCAGAUGUUGACCGCGCGCGAGGCCCAGCGGCUCGUCUCGAUGGCGCUCUCGUUGCGGGAGCGCGCGAUGCUCAAGCUCGAGCUGGGCAAUGCGUAUACCGUCAUCAUGGGCAAUCCGACCGCCCAUUUUUCGCUGGAUUUAAGCGCGCCCACCGACCGCUGGGUCGCGAGGAAGCUCGUGGAAAUCGCGCAGUCGGAGAAGAAGGCGUCGAUCGCGUCCCGGCGCGGCGACACGUCGCAGCACGCCAACUGGGAAAACUACCGCAACGAAACGCUGGACGGCCAGCGCAUUGUGCUCACGACCUCGUUCUUUGACUCGCUGCCGCAGGCCGGACGCCUCGAAUUUGACUAUGUGUCGACGCGCCGCCCGCCGCCUGGCGCCCAAGCUCUGAGCGACCGGCGCUACAUACAGCUGCUAAAGGAGCUCGCACGGGACACCUACUACGUCGACAUUUCGGAACACGACAAGCACACGGCGACCGUCGUAUCGCCGGCCCGCGCGCGCUGGCAGAAGAUUCGCGAUUCCGUGCGAAGAGAUCGGUUCUUCAACUUGACGACGUUUGCCCAAGCCCACAUUUUCCGCAUCAAAAACUCCAAAGAGGAAAUCCGACUCAAGCUGAUUCAGAUUGAGAUUGUGACGAGCGACCGGUAUCUCACGGUCGCCCAAGCGAGCCGGAUCGUGCUGAGCAUGCCCAUUGGCAACUUUGGUCGCGUCGAAGCCGCGCGCGUCCUCUUCUCGCGGCUCAUGGACGUUGAAAACUUUGUCGAUAUCCUGGAUGAGCUCUCCGUGCCCGAGCAAAAGAUGCUCGCGACCUACCUCGGGUGGCUCAAUAUCCUCAACCCGCUCAAACCGGAUCGGUACUAUGUGCUCGAUAUGAGUGUGUUGGAAGACUACGCGGUCGCCAAGAUCCUCGUCCACCUUGCGAUCGUCGAAGAGGGUGACAACUGGGUCGACUACUCGUAUGCGCCUAUUAAAAACGAGCCUCCGCUUCCCAAUUGGGUCUUGCCGGCGUCGUGGGAUGCAGACGACACGGGCAAAGGCGAGGGCCCGCGCCGCAACGGCAUCCUCAAGCUACGCUUCCGGUCGACGCCCGAAGACGGUUGCGAGCCCGACUGGGACGCUCGUCAAGAGAUGAAGAAACGCGUGCUCUGUGGGCCAUAAGAACGAUGUUUAAUUUGAUCAAUUACGGGUGUUUAUGCUGA